UUUGAUAGUUAAUAUGUGUUGUUGACAGUGUUUUAUUAUCUGUACCUAAUUCAAAAAUAAAACUUGCCUAAAAUUUCCAAUGCCAUUUUACUAAUUUGGCUUAAAAUUCCAACGAAGUAAAGAUCAUUGCCAUUUAUUAUUUGAACUACACGUGAAGUGAUUCCUUUCCUCCGAGGCUUUUUUUUGGCAUGAUAAUAUGCUUAUACUUUUUCUUGUCUUCAUUUUUUUUCCUUUUUCUUUCUUUUUCAUUUAUCUUACAUUUUACUCUCAAAUGAAUCAAUAUAAAGCAUUUAAUAGACAUGAUGUUCAUAAAUGGUUAAUAAAUAUUCCUAACUAUCAUGAAAAUUAUCAAACAAAUUCUUCUAAUGAAAUUGAAGAGUCAAGUCUAACUAGAAAAGAAAGACCAUUAUCUUUAUUGUCACUUAAUUCAGAAGACAGUAUUAGUUUAGAUGAUUUUAUCAAUGCUAAUUAUACACCUAGUAUGGAUGACGAAAUAGACUUGCUAUCUUUAUCUUCGCUACAUCUUGACGAUAACAGUGAAGAAUUUUGGAAAGUAGAUAAUGUAAAUCAUUUAUUCCCUUUUCUCUCUUUUUUCCCUAGGAAUUCAAAAAUGUAUAUUUUUGGUUUCUUUAUUAAAUAGAUCUUUAAUCAUUAUAUAUCAUCCCAAUUGACUAAAACAAAAAAUCAAAAUGAUUAUCAUACUACGCAUCAUAUAUCAUCGUUUGACAGAGACUAUAAACUGGUUUCUAAUGGCACUAAAGAUUUACAUAUUUUUGAGGAGUCAACU